AGUGCCACCGACGGAAGUCUCAUCCAAUGCAUCCAUCUCCACGCUGGCGUUCCGUUUGGCCCGGGUCCGCACGCAUUUUCUACUUUUUUCGGAGUUCUCCAUGUCAUAAACAAACUGCUGCUGCACAUGCACUUUCCUUGUCCCCUGUUGAUGACGUUCGAGAGCGCGAGUUUUCAUUUGUCCCACAUUGAUUACGUUUGACAGCGGAAGCGCGAUUUCUCCCUCCUAUUUGAUCACAAACUAGCUGUAACUAUAUCACUGGGAUCGAAGGCAAUUGUUAAAUAAAAAAUUAAAUUAAACAAAAAUGAGCAGAUUAAGCCGGCUAAAGAAGCUUAUUAAUGAGCACAGCUCUACAAAGAAAUCCCUGAAGAUGAUUAAUUGGCUUCAGAAAAGGAAACUUCUAAAAACAAAAAUUAAAUGCAGAAUUUGUAAUCGGGACAUGAAAAUGAAGAAAAGGACGAACAGUAGAGACCAAUAUGCUUGGAUUUGUCGACAAGCAGGAGCACAUGAGGGAAGGGCAAAACAAAUUUCGGUCAGGCACAAAUCAAUAUUCAGUGGAUCAAAGGUCUCCUUCAAUAGGUGGAUGCAAUUCCUGUACAGGUUUUCUCAGGGUCUGCGGUUACGGCAGAUAGACAUGAUGGAUGACAGCAUUGCAGGCAGUUCGGCAACUCUUAGUAAAAUGGCAAAGAAAAUAAGGGAAGUCUGUGUCACAGCAGUUGAAAGGAUGCGAAGGCGUACAGGUCAGCUGAUUGGUGGAAGAAGGGAGUUUGUUGUGAUCGACGAAAGCCAUUUUCGGCACAAAAGAAAGUAUGGUAGAGGAAGAAUGGCUGGUGGGUGGAAAAGAAAGAAGUGGGUCUUUGGUAUGUUAGGUGUGAGACAUCAUCAGCAGAAAAAAUCCAGAAAACCUAUUCUACGUCUUCUGGAGAGAAGAUCUCGAAGUGAUCUAGUCCCUUUGAUUGUGCAUCAUGUGAGGCCUGGGUCUUCAAUUCUGAGUGACGAGUGGCGUGCCUAUAACAUCCUCCCUGCACUAGGGUACAACCAUCACACUGUCAACCACAGCAGGUGGUAUGUAGAUCCCCACACUGGUGCCCAUACCCAACAUAUUGAGAGGGCCUGGAGAUCUUACAAGGAGCAGAUCUGGAGGCUUAUGGGGAAAUCGUACUGAGAGUUUGCUUUCUGACCACCUUGCAGUGAUAGAGUGGAAUGAAUGGCUGGCAAAGAAACACUAUGAUGGUGCAUUUGGCAGACUGAUUCAUGACAUUUCAAGAAUGUACAAGUAGCAUUAUUUAGUCACUGUAACAAGCAUAAGAGUACUUUAUAUAAGAAUUUAUAUAAAACGUAAUUGUCAAAUAUUUGUUUCUCCGUUAUUUUGUUGCUUUUUUAUAUUUACUUUCUUUGUUGUUCAUUUUGUAGCUUUUUGCUUUUUAUGAUAUUGCAGAGGUUUAUUUUUCAUUUUAUAUGAAGUGUACAAUUGUACAGUUUAAGUUUUGCAUCUUGAAAUAAAUAUUUCUAUGUUGUGUAUUACUCUGUGUUGUGAUUGUUUCCUUUUUCUGUUUAAAAGAUAACUAAGCCUUUAAAUCUCCUUUAUAAAAGCUUUACAAAGCAUAAAUAGUCCUCACUUUAGAUGAGCUCACAAAAAUAGUUAACUGACCACUUCUAAACGUUUUAUAACUACCUGAAUUAAUCAUGAAUUACAGUAGGAAUAUGUGUUAA